CCUAAUUUAUAUCGUUAAUUAACGAUUAAUAAAUAUUAAUUUAAAUGUUUGCUAAACAGUACCGAGAAAAGAACAAGGAGCACUUUGCGCAAAUUAGCUUUCUCUCAGGUAAACCGUAAACCGAAGACGUGUCACAGCACCGUUAGAUUUAGUUGUAGAGCUAACCUUGAACCUAACCACAUACCGUGGUCAGUGAUCUAUUGUUUGAAAAAUGUAUACUCAUUAAAAAAAAUAUAUUAUUAAAUGAAAAUAUCAAUCAAAAGUUAAAUGGACAACACAAGGAACCGCAAAAACAAGAACAAAACGAAAGAUGACGAAUAUACAGACAAUCACCUGGAAAAAAUACAGAAUAAAAUUGAACAACUGAAGAAAAACAUUGAGGAAACACCUGUUAAAAAUGAAUCCGGGAAAUGCGAAUCGAAAUUGUUUCGCAUCAAUUUCGAGAUUGAUCUGCUAUCGAUUUCCUUGUUUUUGUGUGGACUUAUCACAAGAAUUUAUAAGCUAGAAGAACCCAAAAAUAUUGUAUUUGACGAGUUACAUUACGGCAAAUAUGUGUCUUUAUACAUGAAAAACACAUUUUUCUUCGAUUCACACCCACCAUUAGGCAAACAACUAAUUGCUGCAGUGGCAUAUUUGGCUGGAUUCGAUGGUAAAUUCAAGUUUGACAAAAUUGGCAGCCCCUACGCCGAAAAUGUGCCACUUUUUGCGCUCAGAAUUGUCCCAGCAUUCUUCGGAUCCAUCAUUAUACCAGUAACAUAUCAUCUGUUGCUAGAAUUAGGUUUAACCCAGUGGACUUCUUUGCUGGCCGCCCUGUUGCUGCUUUUGGACAAUGCUCUGCUGACGCAAAGCCGCUUCAUUCUAAUGGAGUCAAUGUUGCUGUUUUUCGCCCUGUUUGGGAUUUUGUGCAUCCUGAAAUUCAGGCAGUGCUACAGUAAGCCGUACAGUUUCUUCUGGUUCACAUGGUUGAUUUUGUCGAGCGUGUCGUUGACUUUCGCAUUGUGCGUUAAAUACGUAGGCUUUUAUUCCUGUUGUCUCGGUUUUGCCAUUUUGGGCAGGGACUUUUGGAAGUUAUUGGCCUCACAGAAAAUCUCUGACCGAGCUUUAUUCAUCAGGUUUGUGACUCAAACACUAGUAACGUUGUUCGUGGCGGCUUCUGUGUACAUAAGUGUUUUUUAUGUACAUUUGAAUGUUUUGUAUAAAGCCGGGCCGCACGACAGUAUUAUGACCAGUGCUUUUCAAGCCUCUUUGGAAGGUGGCUUGGCUAGUAUUACCAAAGGACAACCACUUUAUGUGUCACAUGGCUCACAGAUAACUUUAAGACAUUCUCAUGGAAGGACUUGUUGGUUGCAUUCACACAACGCAAUGUACCCGAUCCGUUACCCGGACAAAAGGGGCUCCAGUCACCAGCAACAAGUAACUUGUUAUUCUUUCAAAGAUGUCAACAACUGGUGGAUUGUCAAAAGACCUGAAAAGAACGAUCUCGUCGUUGAACAACCGGUUGAUUCCAUCAAACACAACGACGUUAUACAACUUGUGCACGGUAUAACAAGCAGGGCGUUGAAUUCGCACGACGUGGCCGCCCCAAUGUCGCCCCAGUGUCAGGAGGUCUCCUGCUACAUAGACUACAAUGUAUCCAUGCCCGCCCAAAACUUGUGGCGCGUGGAAAUCAUCAACAGGGAGCAAACAGGCGACACAUGGCAAACCAUCCAGUCGCUGAUUCGUUUGGUGCACGUUGAAUCGAACACAGCCUUGAAAUUUACUGGUCGACAGUUACCCGAUUGGGGUUUUCAUCAACACGAAGUCGCGGCCGACAGAAUAGUCAAUCAGGAUGACACCGUGUGGAAUGUUGAGGAGCACCGAUACACUAAGACUGAGGAUCAGAAGGAAAGGGAGAGGGAUUUGGUAAACGCGGAAAUGAUUCCGACCGCUGCCACCACCUUAACGUUCUGGGAGAAGUUCUUUGAGUUGCAUUACAAGAUGAUGUUUGCCGGAACUGAAAGUGUGCAGAAUCAUAUGUACAGUUCUGAGCCAUUAGAGUGGCCCCUGAUGAGCAGAGGCAUUGCUUACUGGGUCUCUUCAAAAAGCAAUGCUCAAAUCCAUUUAUUAGGAAAUAUAUUGGUGUGGUAUUCUGCUACUUUUGGCGUCAUUGGCUAUUGCACAAUUUUACUUUUCUACAUGUUGAGAAGGAGGCGGCAGUGUUAUGACUUGGAUGAGGAACAUUGGGAGAAAUUCCAGCUGAUUGGAGAGAUUUUUCUAGCUGGUUAUUUGAUACAUUUUAUUCCAUACUUUUUUGUUGAAAGAACGUUGUUUUUACAUAAUUAUUUACCAGCUUUUGUGUUCAAAACUUUGUUACUGGCAGCUGUGUUGGAACAUGUUUAUACAGUUCUAAGAGACGUUUUAAAUAUGAAGGUGCUUGCUAAUGGACUUAUUAUGGCACUAAUCUUGUGGAUGGGAGCUAUUAUAUUUGUAUUUAAAAAAUUUACAAUAUUAAGUUAUGGAAAUGUUAGUUUGACCACAGAUGAUAUUAUUAACUUAAGGUGGCGUGAUACUUGGGAUUUUAUAGUGCACAAAUAACAAAGAGACUGAUAAAUUAAGGAAAUAUU